ACAAUCUCUGUGUUCGGGAGUAAAAGCUCAGAAUCCAAGCAAGAUCAGCACAGACGGCAUCAUGCAUUUGCAAUUAUCGAUAAUCUUCUUGGCAGUAGUGGCUACCAUCGUAGUAGCUACGGAAGGUGAAGUUCCAAUUGCGAAUGAUGAUGGAAGAGGGCCGCCGGUCAAACUUGAUAAAAAUCUUCGCCGGGCACUUUUGAAGGCACUUGCUGAUCUUGAGGCUGAGUCUGCUGAACAAAAAAAAAAUAAUGAAGAUGUGACUGAGGAUUUCUUUGACGAAGGGACACCAGCGGCAAGUAUCGUGACUACGAUACCUCAGAUACCGCAAGGUGAAUCGAACAAGAAUUAUUCAAGCAGUCAGAAGUCGACAAUUUCCUUCAAUGGUUUCCUAGGGGAAGGAGAAUUUCCGAAUGAAGAAAAACUCCAGAACUCGACCUUCGUCGAAGUCGACAAGUACACUUUUUCAUCACCUACGAAACAAAAUGAAAUCUCCACCACUCACCAAGAACUGAAGUCACCAAAGGUCCAUGAUCUCGUUUCUGCUGAGAAAUCGUCUGUUCUCCACUUGAAAAAUCCCCUACUCAUCCACGACGAUAUUGACAAGGAUCAAGGUACAAGAAGCAUCAAGAACUCUGCCUUUUCGGUGAACAGUGUACAGAGCGUAUCUUCGAAGCCGACAACCCAGCUAGCAGAGAGCUUGAGCCGUAGCGCAUCGAAUAACAUUGCUGCUGCAGAGAAUUCCUUGGUAGCUCCAAGACCAACAGCAUCCAGUUUGACAUCCAAAUCCAAAUUGAAAAAUAGUUCUUCGUCCAGCGAUCCAACCAAAAAUGGUAACUCGGUGGAGAAACUUGACGACAAUCAGGAAGUCAAGAUAUUCCAAGCUCCAUUAGUUGCUGCGUUUACAGUCCAGCAAGACGAACGUGGAAUUCCCAAGAGUGUCGUUCCCAUCUACAGAGCCAGUGGCGACGGCCAAGCUUUGACACUGCAAGAACAACUCGAGUUCAAACAACAGCAGCUGGAAAAGCAACUUGCCGAGCUUCAGAGGCAACAAGUUCAACAAACUCAAUUUUUGGCCAGACAACAACAGCUUUACGAGGAACAAUUGCGGUUCAAGCAGCAACAGCAGAUAUUCCUCCGGGAACAGGCCAGACUCAAACAGCUUGAAGAACAGAGGAUCUAUCAACAGCAAAUACAACAACAGCAACAUCAGCAACGGCUACAACAGGCUAAUUUCGAUCAAAACAGUCUACUCAAUCUACAAUCUGGUUUUGAUAAGUCCGGUAUUCAAUUGGAACCAAGCGUCUCACUGCAACUCCCGAGUCUGGCUAAUCCGCCUUCAUUCCAGAGCAACUAUCAGGAGCAACGCCGUCUUCAACAGCUACAGCAACAGCAGCAGCAGCAGGAACGUCAACGCCUACAGCAGCAACAACAGCAACAGCAACAACAACAGCUGCAACAGCAACUGCAACAACAGCAGAUAUUACAGCAGAGCUUCGGAGCUUUUCCAGUGAAUGAAUUCCAGACUACUGCUGUUCCCGUUCCAAGGUUCAACAGACAAGAACUCUUUGGUUCGACCGGCAACUUUGGCUUCAACGACAACAACAACAUCAACAACUUCAACGCCAGAGGCAACUUUGGAAGUAACCAAUUUAACGCCCCAUCUAUAAACAGUCAGAACUUUGGUUUCAACGGGUUCAAUCGAUUCAGGGAAACUAGACCGCAAACUCCGGCGAGACAAAUUCAACAUCUCCUUUAUCAGUCUGGAGUGGCAUCCGACUUGGGUAAGACUCGAGGAUCUGGGAGUGCCGAAGACUUGAAUAUCGUCUCUAAAGUUCUUGCACUAAACGUAGGAGCUCUUCCAUCAAACAGCAUUCAAUUUGGUGCGUCUAAACGAGUGUCUAAUAUCGCGACGCCACCAAACGAUGCGUGAUGUGCCAGAAACUUGAGGGUCUGAGGAACUUUAACAAUUAACGACGGUCAUAAACCUACAUGCUAAGUUAUAUUCAAAUAGUGGAAUUGAGUCGGUUUUUUCACACCGUCGAUAUACCGACCUUAGAACCGCGAUCAUUACAGUUUAAAGCUGUGACUCGACGGUGUGUACCAAAUGUUGCCACAGCAUGUGUGUACGAGAUUCUAAGACCCUUAGAAUAGGCUCAUAAAUUAAUUAUAAAAUAUCCAGAUCAUUGAAAUUACUCACAUGCCCCAAAUACUCACCGACCAUAUUGAAAUUUCCAUCUUGUCAUAAAAAUAUCCGUAAUAGUCAAACUGCCAAAAGUUUACGGCGAGUGUAUAGCUUACGUUUGGCGUCGAAGGUGUAGCAAGUAUACUGCGAGGGAAAGAGAAAUUUGUAAUGACGUGUCUUAGAAAUUUCGUACACAGUAAAAACUUCAUUGUGUGCAUAAUGUAUUUCCACUUAAUAUUUUCUAUUUGAGUGUCACUGCCAAUGUAAUCUGAGAAACGUUCAAAUAGGAAUUUUAUGCAAAGUAACGAUCGGAUCCGAUGCCUUACACACUACAAUCGCUUGCUAUUUUCCUGAAACUGAAUAUUAUUAGAUUACGCUCUGUCAUUAGAUUAUCAACACCCAGUCUUUUUCCAUGCACCUCAGUACCGUAGAACACAAGAUACAAAAUCUCACAUAUUUCUUAUUUGCAUAGGACGCAAUAGUUUACGGAAAAGAAGGAGUCGUGGUGAAAAUUAUUCAGACAAGAUUCUCAUCUGGAAUACAAAUUCUAAGAUGUAUGCAUAAUGGAAAAAAUAUACAUCUUUUCACUGGGGAUUUCGAAAUGCUUCCGGCGCGGUAGUGGUGAGAUUAUUACUUAAGUAAAUGACAAUUCAUACGCGCCAAGUAUGUGUGAACAUAAAUCAUCUAUCGCGCAUAAUUCUAUUGAGAAAUGCUGAAGUAUUAAUUGCAGAAUUGUGUUUUAUAAUCACAACGCAUCAUUCUCAUAGUUAUUCGUUCUAUCGCGAGAUGAUUGUAAUUAAUAAUUUUUGUCAGUGGUAAUCACACGGCACGU